CCAUAAACAUUAUUGUUUAUGUUCAUGAUCUUAAAUUCCUUGAAGAUCUCUUGAAACUGUGUUGGCCAUGCAAGCUUUGCGGAUGAUCUUGACCGAAACUGUAGAUGAGGUCUGAAAGGCCGUCUACUAAGUUUUCAGAUUAACUGUUAUGACAAGAAAAGGAUACAAAAAGAUAUCUCCCAGUGAAGAUAAAGGAGUCAGCUUCGUGUCUCUUCUUUUGUUUCAAUGGAUGAAUAGUAUCUUCAAGAUAGGCAGUGAACGACCAUUAGAUGAGAAUGAUUUUUUCUCCUUUCAAAAGAGAAUUCUUCCACUUUUCUGACCGAUCAGCUUCAAGCAAACUGGAACAAAGAAAAAGCAAAGUGCAACAGAAAUCAAAAAAGGCCUAGACUUUGGAAAUGCGUCAUAAAGUUGAUCUCGGCAAAAGAUGCCAUAAUUAUUGUAUCCACGGAUGCUCUGCGCUCAAUUUCUACCCUUCUUCAACCAUUGUUAUUGGGAUAUCUUAUUUCCAUACUGAUGUCAUCUGAGCCACAGAAAGAUGAUCUUCUGUUCGGUUGUACACUUGCUUUGUGUUUGUGCAUAAAUUCUAUCAUAGGAGCUCUUUGUAUGCACCACUAUGGCUACAGAUGUGAGCUGUUGGGUAUCAGAAUUAGUUGCGCCCUAAAAGGUCUAAUCUGUUAUAAGACGCUACUUCUCAGCAAGGAUGCAUUGUUAAAAUUUACAACAGGCCACGUGAUCGACCUUAUAUCAAAUGAUGUUCAGCGAAUAGAGGAAGACACAGUCAUGUGGCUUUACUUAUUGUUUCCUUCGUGCUUUGUCCUCGUUGUGAUAGCAGUGUUACUCGUGUAUUUGAUUGGCUGGCAAUCUCUGAUGGGAGUCUUUUUCCUGUGUUUUCUUGUGCCGUAUUUCGCUGGGAUCUCCUACAUUAGUGCUGCACUGCGCUUGCGCACGGCAGCGCUGUCCGACAGACGCAUCUCCUUGAUGAACCAGGUGGUUUCUGGGAUUCGUGCCAUCAAAACGCGUGCGUGGGAGGACGAAUAUCGAAGAAAAAUUCAACACACACGAAGAAGUGAAAUUAACACCAUCCGUAAGAAAAGUGCCAUUCUGUCAGGAGUUCUUGCCUUGUGGGACAGUUCAGUAUCAAUGGCGACCCUGUUGUCUGUAAUUACUCUUGUGCUUACUGGUCAACCCAUCACACCUGUAAGCGUCUUUAUGCUGCUAGGUUUUAUGAAUUUGGCAAGACAUAAAACAUGCCUUCACAUCUCUUCUGCUUUGUUACAAGGAAACGACGCUCGUGCGUCGCUAGGAAGAAUAGAAGAUUUUCUCCUUUUAGAAAACCUUCCCGCCAUUUCACGUGGUCAGUCUGAAGAGGACACCAAUAACCCAGAGAGCAAGGCAACCAAAGUCACGAGUGGUCUGUCAGAUCAACAGGCGAAAAUGGCAAAGGUAUUCAAUCCUGACAUAGUAAAAUAUCCGCUGAACGAGCCCAGUAUUUUAUGUGUGUCGAAUUUGACGAACAGACAAAUCGAGCGACAAGAUGAAUUUAUUUUGCAGGAUAUUGAAUUUUACACAGCACCACAAAGCCUAACAGUCAUUACUGGACCAGUGGGCAGUGGAAAAUCUACUCUUCUCUCAGCCAUCGCUGGCGAGAUCUCUGAAGUUAGCGGGACAAUAACCUUCCAAGGUUCUUUUGUUUAUGUUCCUCAAGCAGCUUGGAUCUUCUCUGGAACAAUAAGAGAAAACAUUCUGUUUGGUCAGCCAUACGAUGAAACAAAGUACACCAGAGUAAUUGAAGCAUGCGCCCUCACAGAAGACAUCCAGCGGUUUCCUGACUAUGACAAAACAGUUGUUGGAGAACGCGGUGAAGUUCUGAGUGGAGGUCAGAAGGCGAGAGUAAGUUUAGCACGCGCAGUUUACGCUGAUGCAGACCUUUACUUGUUAGACGAUCCUCUGAGUGCCGUUGACUUUAAAGUUGGCCAACAUAUCUUUAAAACAUGUAUCAACGACUUACUAGGCGAAAAAAUGCGAGUGUUAACUUCACAUCAGGAACAGCACAUGAAAAAAGCUGAUCAAGUGAUUGUGUUGUACAAAGGCCGCGUGUUGGAAAAGGGAAGUUUCACUGAACUACAAGAAAAACGUAUUCUAAACACAACUAUUGACCCGCAAUAUCAGACAGUUGGGAAAGAUAGCAAGCACACUAGGAGUGUUGCUCGGGAAAUUGAACAGAAAAACGGAGGUGAUGGCUGUGAAACAAUGAUUCCACAGCCCAGUGAACCUAGGAGUCUGGAAAUAUCACAAGAAGAUCGUUCCAUCGGAGUGGUUUCAUCAAAGCUUUACUGGAACUACUUUAGAAGCGGAGUACAUUGGUCAACAAUCUGUGCAGUAAUUUGUUUGUGCUUGAUAGCGCAAGCAAUGAUAGUUGCUCCUGACGUCUGGCUCUCGUCGCUAACAAAGAAACUACCAGAAGAUCAGAAAGACAACACAAACUUGACUAUCUAUGCUUGUCUAGUCAGUGCGUCCCUUAUCUUUGCCGUCAUUCGAGCUUAUGGAUUCCUUCUGGUUUCCUUAAGAUGUUCAGAGCGUCUUCACGACAAAAUGGUUUUAGCUAUUUUACAAGCACCGGUUCAUUUCUUCGAUUCAAAUCCCGUGGGAAGAAUACUCAAUCGAUUUUCUAAAGAUGUAGGCUGUCUUGACGAGUUGUUGCCCAAGACUUUUCUAGUAUCUGUCCAGCGAGUCUUGUUGGUGUUUGCAUCAAUAAUCAUAUCAACCGUUACAAAUCCUUGGCUUCUAUUUCUUGUUGUUCCGUUGAUUGUGUUAGUCGCGUACAUCGCCAAGUAUUACUUGAAGACGUCCAGAGAGCUUAAAAGGUUAGAGUCAAUAUGCCGCAGUCCAGUCUUCUCUCACUUUUCCGAGACCCUGAAUGGACUGGACACGAUUCGAACCAGACGAAGACAAAGGGAUUUCGUGGAUCAGUUUUAUGGGUGCAUUGGUUUAGUCGUAACAGUCUUUAGGACGCUUUUCACUAGAGUUUUGAACAUAAAACGCAUCUGCUUUGAUUUUGGGCGCAUUACUCCGUUUCAUUCCGUUAGAUAUCAAGAUGUUCAUAAUCAGUCGUAUAUUAUGGUGAUGGCCAGUGGGCGAUGGCUUGGUGUACGCUUGGACCUUCUCGCAUCCAUGUUAAUUGGUGCAGUGUCUCUGGCAGCUGUUUUGGUGUCUCAAGAUGCCGAAUCAGCUUGGGCUGGCCUUGCGCUUGUUUAUAUCAUCCAAACUUCGAUAAAUGCUCAAUACGCUGUCAAGAAAACCUCAGAUUUCGAGAAUUUCAUGACCUCAGUUGAACGAGUGAUGACGUACAACAACCUUGACUCAGAACCUGGAUACAAAGUCCAUAGACUUCCCCCGGAACACUGGCCACACGAAGGAAAUAUCACAUUCCAAAAUGUGACAUUAUCGUACUAUCCGGGGGGACCUCGAAUACUGAAGAAAAUUAAUCUUAACAUCAAAGGAGGAACAAAGAUUAGUGUUGCAGGCCGCACAGGUGCAGGAAAGUCGUCUGUUGUGGCAGCUGUCAUGCGCAUGCCUGAUGCUGAUGGAGACAUACUGGUCGAUGAUAUUCCAAUCAAACAGAUCAAUCUCCAAGAGGCUCGACGAUGUAUAUCAGUUCUUGGCCAAAGCCCUGUCCUGUUUAGUGGGUCGCUAAGAAAAAAUCUCGAUCUCUUGGAACAGCUGCAAGAUGCAGAUUUGUGGCGAGCUUUAGAGGAUGUCCAACUGAAGGAUUUGGUAGAGGGUCUAAAGGGAAAGCUAGAUCACGAGCUGUUAGAACAUGGAGCAAAUGUCAGUGUAGGAGAGCGGCAGUUAAUUUGUUUGGCUCGUGUGCUGUUACAACAAAACAAGAUCGUCAUCUUGGAUGAGCCCACUGCACACGUCGAUCCAGAAACAGAACAAACAAUCUGGAACGUAGUGCAUGAGAAACUAAAGGAAUCCACAGUCAUCACUGUAGCUCAUCGUUUAAGCACCAUCAAAAACUGUGACAUGAUUUUGGUUUUGAAAGACGGGGAAGUUGACGAAUUUGACAAAUUUGAUACUUUAGUGAAUAAGAAAGGAGGUGCUUUGAGUGAAAUGGCUUGAGUUUCAGGUAUCUACAUAGGCUAGUUCCCCCUUUGUUAAUUUACAGACCACUUUCAAUUUGAAUCAGUUUUUGCGGUUGUUUACUUCUUGCUUAUCGAAAACAAUCAGAAGUGUAGGAGUUCUCGUAAGCUUUUAAUUUUUUUUGCAUGUUAGCAGGUGUUAUUGUUUUUGGGUUAGAGGUAUUGUUUCUGAUGUUUAUUUUGUCGUCCUCUCAAAGGGUCUAAAGCCAUUCAUGUAAGACCUCAAAGCCUGGUUCUCAUAUGUCGCCGACAUGCCUGGGACACCAUUACGGUAUAUGUGAACAUUUAUCGCAGAAUCAUAAUCUGUCCCA